AUGUUCGACGCUAUCAAGAACUGGCUCCAGCCUGCCCAGGCGCCUAUUGAAAACAAGUGGGACGCCAACGCCGUCACCAUGCAACAGCCCAACAGCCCCGAUGCCCCCUCGAUGAAUCAGACUGUUACGGAGCAGCCAAGUGGUCCUGAGGGUAUGAGUGUCCACACGCGUGGUGGUGAUGGUGGCGAUAUCUGCUGCGGAAUGUGA